GACGACUCCAAAUAGUGAGAAAUAAUCGAUUUCGAGAAGAAAGGACCAUUAUUCAAUGGAUAGUAAAUUGCAAGAAAACAUUUCUGUUGAAAGAGCCCGCGAUGAUUUUAGAAGUUAUAUAAAUCAACAUGAAGAGCCCAUGCUAGCUGCACAUACUAAAGAGAAGGUUGAAUAUGGUCGUUCGAAAGGUUCAACACCAGCAUCUGUACAACGUAAGGGAAAAGCAAUUCGACAAAAAUGUUGUGUGAUUUGCUAGGAAGAUCCAAGCAGUGGAACCCUACUUCGAGAUUGUACAAGAGGCGAAAUGAUGCGAUUGUUGGUCUGUCCAGGAUCCUCAAGCGGAAAUGAGAAUGAGAAUGAAAGAAAGGUUGGGAAGAAACGUGCCUAAACUAAUUCAAAAUUAUCUUUCCCCUAUAAACAUGUCAAAAUGCCAUUUUCUAGAGAUAGUGGGAUGAGCAAACGAACAAAAAUGCGUGAUAGCGAAUCAAAUAAACAGAUGAACAAAACGAGACAGCAGCUUUCUGUCUUAGAAACAAGAGCUUCUCAUUAGUGGAUGGAAGCAUCCGGAAAGUGAAAUGUCCUUUUGUUGGAAUCGCCCAAGAAGGAAGGGAUUGUUUUGAUGAAUGGGUUCUUAAGAGAAAAGCAGCUGGAUCGUAGCAAAUGAAAUGUAUAGAAAUGUUUUUUUUUUUGUUUUUAAAGGAAAUAAUUUCGG